UUAAAAGCGUCUGCUAAAUGACUGUAAUGUAAUGAAAAAUUCUUUGUCCACAGAAAGUUUCCAAGUUACUGCGGAUAAUCUACAGAACUGUCGAUGUUUGUUUCUUUGGUAGAAAGUAAUAUGCUUUUUGUUUUUAUAAUUCGGGAGAACAAACCCACGUGAAAGCGGAUGGAUGGUGAAGAUAUCUUAGAGGACAAUUAGGCUCUUGAUAGACCUUUUAUGUUUUGUGGAAGGCUGCUGACUUUAGAUGCAAAGAGCCAAGUGGAGUAGAUAUCAGUGUACCACAUCGGUUUUGAUGCAACAUUUUAUAGGUUUUACUUUUUCAUUGUUAGAAAUAGCCAGUGGUGUUGGUUGUUUCAUAAUUCUCCUAACCUGUAGGGAACUCAUUCGCAGCAUAGAUUGUAAGCAGACGAAACAUGUGCUCAGACGGUAAUAAGGAUGUUAUCCUCCUCUCAGAUGUUUUUGGAUAACCAGCCAGCAAGCGCAACUCCUCCUGCAGUAUCAUGUUGUUGUUUUUUUUCCCUUAACCAUCGCUCAGCGUUAAGCCACUGUCUGUCAAGCCACGGUUGGUACACUGAUAGAGCAGUCGGUUUCUGAGAGCGAACCACAGAUAGUGGCAGUUAGACAUGUUCCUGCGUGGGCCUUGGCCCUGACUCAUUUGGUGAACUUUGAAGAUCUUGUGGGGAGACGGCAACAUUGAAAUGAGUCAACUGCUCUGUCUCUGACAUCACAUUGUUUGGAUAGUUUACCAGGGCCUGUCUACGUGUAGUUUGUAUCCCAAGCACGCUCCAUUUGAUGCUAUCAGCCUCUGAAUGAUAUUUUGUUCAUUAGACGGUGUGCAAUAAGAGACUGGUGUUGACACAACGUGAGUUAAUGUGUUUAGUGUCUCUAAUGGAUCAUAGAGGUCCUAAUGAAACAUUGUCAUGGGAAGAUUUAUGUUGCAAGCUGCUGAGUCCUCAUUUCCAUUGUAUAUGUGGUUAGAAGCACCUUUAUUCAUUGAACAGAACACGAUAGAAAACUUCAAAUGCAUAUAGAUAUUUAGUAUGUAAAACGGGAAUAAAAAAAUAAAUCUAUCAAAAUGUCUCUCACGCAUUGUUGAAAGUGAAAGCAUCAUAAUCCUGUGGCAAAGAUACAGUGCUGCUGUUGUGAUAUUGAUGUCAAACCACUGUAGCGAUUGUAAAAUAAGCCUCUGAAAUUUGAAAUAUUGGUGGUGUUAAAAAAAGUAUUUUUCCUGUAAUUUUUAGAUAUUUAGAAUAUAGAUUUAGAAUAUUGCAGCGCCUGAAACUGAAGCUGCAUGAUGUUUGUCUUGAGACGAGAUGAUAUGAGCGCCAGCUUAUUUGUGGAAAUGCCAAAUGCAACGUGGUUAUUGGCCAAGGCUGGAUUGCACUAAAACCAGAAUAUUGUAUCAGAGAGAGGCAGCUGGUUAGGAGUCAGAACAGAUUAUCAUAUGAGAGAGGAUGAGCGAGGAGAGGGGGAGGAGAGAGAGAGAGAGAGAGACAGAGAGGUAGGGACUGGAAUGGGAAGCAGGGGGCGAGAGUGAGGGGCACAGGAGGGAGAGAAGGAGAAAUGAUAGCAAGAAACUCAUCGCCCGGUCGCUGUGGGGUGGAAGGGAUCAUCCGAACCCUUCCGUCACUAUCUCGCCUUCUUCACCUGUCAAAAAGAGUGUGUGAGAGCCGUCGGAGUGUGUGUGUGUGUGUGUAUGUGUGUGUGAGAGAAGGGCAUGCGGGUCCUCUGAGAGGUCAUGGGAAGAAGCUGAGGCUCCACUCGUCUUCUCUCGGUGUAGGGCCCACCGCUGCUUGCAGACAUCUGGCCUCACACUGAUCACUCAUAUCUACAGACAGGGAGGAGGAGAAGAGCGGAGCGCUUCCAUCUUUGAGCCACAGAAACAUUACAGAUCUCCCUCAUAUCCAUCCUCUCCGCUUUCCUUUUAUUACUUUUUUUGCUAUUUUUCGGCUUCACCUCUCUCUCAUCCCCGUGUAGGCAUUUAUCCCCUCCUUGACUUUUUUCUUAUCCUUAACAUAGCACUGUUUUUCUUUUCUUUUUUUUUUUAGCAGAAAACCAAGAGAGUAGAAGGGAUAGAACAAUAGUGUGAUAAACUGACGUCUGCUAGAACUGGUUCUGACUUUAUCCUUGCACUAAAAAUAUAUGCCAAGGGAAGAUAGCGAGAGUGCGCUGUGUCUAGCAAGCCGGUAUACAAGGCUCUGACUGCAAUCAGUGGGAAGAGGGCCAGCUUCCCUGCCUGAGCUCUCAGCGCCCCUACUGGCUGCAUGCUGUGCCAAUCAAAGGCUAGUGGGUGGGGAGCAGUCAGACAUGAACACUGAUGUCACAGUCACAUGGAUUCUGGUGUGGUCAUGCUCGGAGGCUGAGAGACAGAGCUGUGCUGGCCAGCUGCUGCUGAGACAGCAGUGGAGGGCUUUGCGCUGGUGAUAGUUGUUCUCUUAUGGACUCGAAGCUUAAUGAUGUAUUUUGUGAUUUCAGCUAUGAAAGCUCAAAUCGAAAUAAUUCCCUGCAAGAUCUGUGGAGACAAAUCAUCAGGCAUCCAUUACGGCGUGAUAACAUGUGAAGGCUGUAAGGGCUUCUUCAGGAGGAGUCAGCAGAGCAAUGCAGCCUAUUCCUGCCCCCGUCAGAAGAACUGCCUGAUCGACCGCACCAGCCGCAACCGCUGCCAGCACUGCCGGCUGCAGAAGUGCCUGGCAGUGGGCAUGUCACGAGAUGCGGUGAAGUUUGGCCGCAUGUCAAAGAAGCAGCGAGACAGCCUGUACGCUGAGGUCCAGAAGCACCGGCUGCAGCAGCAGCAGCAGCAUGACCGCCAACAACAGCCCGGAGAGGCGGAGCCGCUCACACCUAGCUAUGGCCUCUCAGCCAAUGGCCUCACCGAGCUCCAUGACGACCUCAGCGGCUACAUGGAUGGUCACACCCCUGACGGCAGCAAACCAGACUCGGCGGUCAGCAGCUUCUACCUGGACAUCCAGCCAUCUCCUGACCAGUCAGGCCUGGACAUCAACGGCAUCAAGCCGGAGCCCAUCUGCGACUUUGCACCUGGCUCUGGCUUCUUCCCUUACUGCUCCUUCACCAACGGAGAAACCUCCCCCACCGUGUCCAUGGCUGAACUAGAGCACCUGGCCCAGAACAUCUCCAAGUCACACAUGGAGACAUGUCAGUACCUGAGGGAGGAGCUGCAGCAGAUGACCUGGCAGGCCUUCCUGCAGGAGGAGGUCGAGAGUUACCAGAGCAAGCCCCGGGAAGUCAUGUGGCAGCUGUGUGCUAUCAAAAUAACAGAGGCCAUUCAGUAUGUGGUGGAGUUCGCCAAGCGCAUCGACGGUUUCAUGGAGCUGUGUCAGAACGAUCAGAUAGUGCUGCUGAAAGCAGGCUCUUUGGAAGUUGUGUUUGUCAGAAUGUGCCGUGCCUUUGACUCGCAAAACAACACAGUCUAUUUUGAUGGAAAGUAUGCCGGACCUGAUGUGUUCAAGUCAUUAGGCUGUGACGACUUGAUCAGCUCCGUCUUCGAGUUUGGGAAAAACUUGUGUUCUAUGCACCUGUCUGAGGAUGAGAUCGCCCUGUUCUCCGCCUUUGUGUUGAUGUCUGCUGACCGGUCUUGGCUCCAGGAGAAAGUGAAGGUGGAGAAACUCCAGCAGAAGAUUCAACUGGCCCUCCAGCACGUCUUGCAGAAGAACCACAGAGAGGAUGGUAUACUUACAAAGUUGAUAUGCAAAGUGUCGACACUGCGAGCGCUGUGCAGUAGGCAUACAGAGAAGCUUACAGCUUUCAAAGCAAUAUAUCCAGACAUUGUGCGUGCCCACUUCCCCCCCUUAUACAAGGAGCUGUUCGGAUCAGACUUUGAGCAGUCCAUGCCCGUUGACGGGUAGCAGCCCUGCCAGGUGCCAGUGUGCCCACCGUAGGGGAAUGUGGAGGAGGAAUCUGAGACACUUUAUUGGUGCCCUGCACAAAACCAGAGCGGACAGAUGGCACGCUGUUCAACUUCUUCUUUUACUUUGAAGGGGAGGGCUUAGGGAGUUGAUUCUUAAGGUUUACUUUAUUGAAUUUAGUUCUCUUUGGAAGACUUGUGGGACCCGACACCCCAUGGGACAUGAAGAGGAGAUAGGGAGAAAUGAUUUCUGUCUGGUUGAACUUGACCCUCUUUUGCGCAUUUCUAUCAUGAUUCACUUCAUUUCAUUCAUUCAUUUUCCCCAGUAUUUUUCGCAUCGCCCUUGUUAUGAUUUACCUGUACAUCUGACUUGUAAUCACAGAAACAAUUACUGAGUCACUUUUGGAUUUUAAAAAUAGCAGAAGACGUCUUCAAUUUGAAGAUAAAUCCGCAUCGGUAUUGUUUUUCAGACUACAUUUCCCAAACAGUUUUAGUGUUUUCACAUUCAAAACUUCGAAUAGUCUUAUCCCUAUCUCCCUAAAAACGGAAAUAAACAGCUGACAAAUGCGCACAUUUUGGUCAAGUUCAGCCCUUUUUCUCUUGUGUUCAGUCAUAUCUUUUGGAUGCCGUUCUUGGAAUGAAAACUCACAGCGACUUUGAGGGAGGGUCUGUCGGCAUGGUGAUGCAAUCGACACCUCUCUAUGGACAAUCGUUUAAAAAAAAAAAAAAGAAGCAUAUAGAAUUCUGGUAAUUCUAAUGAAAACGCAAUGAUUUUAGCUGUCAAAGACUCCAUCCACCAUUGUUGCAUAGUGGAAUCAUGUAAGGCCAUCUGCUAUUAAUCCUUCUCUGGACAGGUGCCCUGGAGAAGCACAGGGCACCAACACAAUGAAAAGGGUCCAUUCCACCUGUUUUAUAAUGUACUACAGGGUAUAUGGUCAUAAGUACUUACUAUACAGAAAAAAAUAAAUGUUUAUAGAAUCUAUUUUAAAUAACAUGUAUGAUAUUAGUAGUUAGACCAUUCUUAAUUGUUGAAUUGAUAAGGCACUUUUAUUUACACCUUUCUUUAAUUUAAGACUUGUAUAUUUACCUAGUGAUGUGUUGCAUGUGCACAAGAAAUACAAGUUGAACCACGGUCACAGAGGCUAGUCCUGGGAGCUGCAGAUGAUACUGGUUUGGAAGUGUAAGGGCUGUCUGUUAGGAUUGCUGGCGAGGCUGCUGGUUGGUGAACAAAGAAGGCAGGUUAGAGGAGCUCUGUUGCCUGUUUACCUCAUCAACGGCCUGCAUGACACCUGUCAAAAUGUAGCUCUGAUACUCCUUUUAGAGAGAAUGCACACAUACAACAACCUACAAACUUUUUUUGUGACAUUAAAGUCUCUUGGCUUUCUUGAUCUUUGUUAUGAACAGACCUGGAUUGAGCGGCUAAAAAGAAAGGAAAGAAUAAAGAGGUGUUGUUUGGUGAAACAUUUGCAACACACUGGCGUUCAUAUACUACAAAAAUAUUUGGUACUAAUUUUACUUUGAAAAACCUCACGUAAUAUGUAAAGAAGGCCACAAGAAAACAGAAGUUAAACAUCACAGCCAGGUUUUAAAAUCCACACAUAGACCGUAAUCCAAUUGUUCCAUCUAGUGGAAGGUGAAGAUACAGCAAGCAGGUUGACAGCCUAAUGACAAAGAUAUACAGUCCAACCUAAAAGCACAUUCAUGAGCCGCUGUCAAACUGUUCAGAUUGUUUUUUGUUGUUUUUGAGUGACUUUAUCUGCCUUCUCACCACAACCUCAGCCUCAGCAACGCCACAACAGGACACAGAAGGAGCAGUGAAGGGAAAGUGAAUAUUCAAAGCCUUGUCUGGUAGUAAAGCUUCUAUUUUUGUAACAUGUUUUGGUUAAAAAAAACUCAUGAAAGAGAACGAGGGAGAGAAGAAGAUGUCAGGUAGCACUUAACUAUAUUCCUGCAAUAAUUAGACUAGCUGUUGUUUGUACGAUUAGGGGAGAAACAUAAAAAUGGUAGGACAAGUGCUAUUUUCAGAAUGCUUUGUUGUUGUGCUUCUGUUUUGUUGAGUGUGUCUUUCUUGUCAGUGUGGUAGUAAAGUGGUAGAAAAAACCCUGGAUGUGCCAAACAGUAGUCGUUGCUUCCGCUUUCCAGUCUACUCGUCUAUAACGUAGAAUGGAUUCCUAAGACAUUCCAGCAAUCUCAGUAGCGGCUUCGAGAAAAAUCUUUUAAAAAAAGAUCAAAAAAAAAAGAAAAAAAAUGAUAUCCCUUUAGAAACCCAACAAAGCAUGUUGAUACAUCUGUCACCAACCGUAACAUAGAAUCCAGUUGUUUGUCUUUUGUUUUCUGUUUGCACACUAUCAUUCCUCAGCCGUGCAAUUUGUACAAGGCGUUAACACCUUGUGCUGUCACCCCUCAGGGAAGAGUUUCUUUUGCGCUUUCUGUUUGAGAGGACAUUUGUUUGUACUCAUUAGGUUUAGUUUGUGUUGUGUUUUUUUUGUCAGGGAUGUUCCAUGAGAAGUGGUUGAGAUUUCACAUUUGAAUAUUCAUCAGAAUUUUAAAGUAUUGAUGUCUUUAAGGGGGCCCCCCAGCCACUCAAAGACCACUGCGCCCCUUUUUGUCAAGUUCAAGAAAAAUCUCAUUUGUAUAAACAACAAACCCCAUCACUUUUAGAAACCGCAAUUUUAUCAGUACACAGCAUAUUCCUGUCACACACACACAAAAAAAAAAUCUGUUUUGGUUUCAAACGGUGUCAUCAGGGUCUUUAAAAAUGAUAACCCUCUUUGUUAGAAAAACCAAAUAUUCUUAUGCAAUACUAAAUCUGUUGUGUUUGGGUUGUAGUAGAUAUGCUGUACCUAAGUAAUAAUCUCUGUUAUGAUCCAAUGCUAUUUGGAUAUGCACAAGCCCUCUAUGACUAGUAAACCUCAGUCUCCCAGCAAAAGAAACCCAGUCUGGAACACUGCUAGACAAUCCAGGUUGAGAGGCCCAGUGGCCCAGCAAGAGCAGCGAAAGAGGAUGAGGUGUGAACGCUCAGGGAGGUAACAGGUAGACCGAAGAAGCAGCUCGCUUUCCUCUGGACAGUUGCCGAGCAUUUGAUUAGCUCUCAUGCGAAUUUAUGAGGAGGGUCUUUAAAAAUCUCUUCAAAGCACCCAAUUGAUAAGAGGAGGGGGCGUAGCACACUGAACAUGCAGAGCAUAGAGCACUUACUGUUCAGAAAAUUAUUGAGAGAUGGAGGUUUGGCUGAUAUCCUGUUAUUUAUUUGCAAAAAAAAAAAAAUUAGUUUGUUUCUAAAAAAAAAUGAUUAAAUUUUCUUAAGCUGUUGUAAUAUCGCUUGAUGGUCGCAUAAAACGAUUCAUUAUUUUUCUCAAAUAUGAUCAGCUAAGGUCUACCGCCAAAACGGUUCUUCUCUCAUAAAGUGAAAAUUUGUUUUUCAUUUUAUCGAAGUGGCAUGUAAUGUCUUCUACGACACAAAACAAGCAAUACGCCUUGUGUUACAAUUACGGGUCUCUACAGUGCAGUCAUCAUCCUUUUUGAAUUGACUUAUUACUUAUUCGUUCAGCUGACUCAAACUGAUGACGUUAACUCUCAGUCCAGAACAAAAAAAACCCCGUCACUCUGUUUUCAUCUUCUUCUGUACUGGUAUGGUUGCGAUAUUGGCAGGAUAGCAGAAAAUGGUCAUCAAACACAUGAAUACUUGUGUCUAACUAUAAACUGCGCCUUCACACAGGCCUGUAAAGUGAUGUCCUUCUGUAUAUUCUCACUUGAUAUAUCCCAGUUUAAGUAAGGGAUUGAUGCUAAGUGUCCUACUCAAUCAGUGUAUAGUAUACAGUAAAAUGUGCUGGUCCUUCUGUCUCUGCUCUGUUGUCUGUGUGUAUAAAGCAAUAGUGUGUAUGUAUGCGUGUGUGUAUGUGUUUGUUCUCACAGUGUGUGAAUAAAAUAAACCCCAGACAAGGCUUUAAUAAUUACAAAGGAACAGGGUUAUGUGGACGAGGAUUUCUUUUGGGUCUUUUUUAGAAAUGUAAGGUUUUGGAAAUGCCAAGCUUGAUCCAUCCAUAAUAGGUUUAGGUUUUAAAAGCAUGACAUAAUGCCUUCAACAAUUCAUAGGUCUGCAGAAUGCUGUGAGGCAACAUUGACCAGCUUCACAGCGGAAACAUGCUUCCCUAUCAUCUCAGACAGCGUGGCCA